CUUGCGCGACGUGGCAGUUACUCUGUGUACACGCAAGCAGUAAGGAGUGCGACAGCGCGUGGAAACAUGAGUCAGACACAAGUGAGUGACGGUGUGAAGAAGGAGAUAGUUAGAGAGGGGUCUGGUCGGCAAGUGAAGUCUGGAAACGAGAUAACAGUUCACUGUACUGGUAGCUUGGCUGGACCACCAACCAAGAAAUUCUGGAGUACGAAAGAUCCUGGUCAAAAACCUUUCACAUUCCAAGUUGGACUUGGAAAAGUCAUUACGGGAUGGGAUGAAGGAUGUCUAACAAUGUGCCAAGGAGAAGUUGCUCGCCUCACAAUUGCUGGUUACAAAGGAUAUGGUGCACAAGGCUUUCCAGCUUGGGGAAUCACUCCAAAUGCUGAUCUGAUCUUUGAGAUCGAGAUUCUUAGCAUUCGAUAAAGUGGCAAUCAACCUGGACUUGUCAGACGUGUUGAACAAUGCAUGAAAUGUGGGUAGUAGUCUAUACAGUGGUUGUUUCUCUCUAAUUAUUCUGGUAAUAGUUAAGUACUCAAAAUUCAUAUGGUUUUGACAAUGGA